AUGACGGAAAGGCAAAUUCUUAAGACCAAUGAGAACAGUUCGCUUUUUAACAACAAAGAAAGAGCGCAGAACCAGGCAAGUCAUGGUAGCCUUUUUUCUUCGAUUUUUUUUUCUAAGCACUUCACAGAUAUAUGGACCUCGAGGGUUUAAGAAAAUUAGUUGCAUUUAUGAAAUUUGAACAAAGUACGAAAUAAAGCAAUGCAGGCAAGACCAACAGUACUGAACUGAUAAAAGGAAUUUCAUUUUGAAGCAGAUCUGUGAAUUCAAUCGGGCAUCAGCUUCGUAGAGUAGUACUUACUCGUGCAGGCACGCUUGAGCAGAGCCUACGCUGUGAGCACGGCGAGCAACAGCUCCAUCUCUCUCCGAAGCCAAAUUCUCCAGUUGUUCCGCGGCAGCAACAGGGAAGAUGUGGGGAUGGUCGUUCAAUAUCCCACCGAGGAACUUUCCCGCUGGCGAUUGGGGUACAAGCGGUGUGCUUACGCACCUCGAUUCGCAUUUGUUGGAUUCAGCACUGGCAAUCGAGAUGGAUUUCCCUUUUCUGCAGCGAAAUUUAACCACAUCCUGGAGAAAUACGGAAGAAAAAAAACAUUGCAAUCAUUGGGGGAACGUACGGACAAGAUUCUCAUGCUAAGGCACACCAGCAGUUCCUUCUAAAUUUUGAAUCCCUAAUUAGCAACCGAGGAGAUUGUAACAACCGUUAAACACGCGGCAGUUGCUAGGUUAAGGAACCGAGCCAUUUUCAGCAACUGUAAGAUGAAGGUAUGAGCGGAAAUUGAUCAUCUUGAAAAGAAAAUCGGGAGAAGGGAAUGCACACCUGAAAUCCCCCCCCAAAACCAGAGGGAAAUCGAACGCUGCCACGAACCGUGAGACGAAGACGCCCACCUCCGACCCUCGCCGCCACGGCGGACGCUGCCGGCGACGCCUCCAUGGCGGUGAUCGCUCCACAUCGAACUCCGCAGUCCAUUAACAACGGCGAGCACUUGUACCCACCCUUACCAGGACACCCACGCCUCGAGACUGAAUCCCAGAGAAGCGCAAACCUAGUUUAUAUCAACAGCAGAUACCAACCGUCUGCGGACUCUUCUCCCACGAAUUUGCCUCCCGCUGCAACGAACGGCGGCAUGGAUCAGACCGAGUAACUAUCAUGGGAUUGUGGAUGGCCCGCCAAACGAAGAUAGAUGCGCCACCUCACCAUCUCGUCAGAAAUUUCUAGGGUUCGCACUCCCUGGCGACGAGAGAGAGAGAGAGAGAGAGAGUCAAAGCCGCCGGUUUCCAGAUUCCAAGGUGCUUCCGGUGGCGGCGAACGGGCCACUGGCUGACAGCUAGCUUCGAAGACCACGUCAGCCUGGACUAGGCCUUCAACUUUUUAACGUUUCGGCCCAGCCCAAACUAACACCCGUGGACCGGACCGGACCGGAUCGGAUCGGAUCGGGGAAACCCAUAUCUGAUCGCUUGACCUGUAUGGUGGAGCAUUUUCAACAACGUCGAAAUUAUAUAAAUAAAAAAUAACGACCUGAUAUAAUACUUAUUGCUGAAAGGAAUAUUUUUUGGCUUAGAGCGGAUAAUUUUAUUUUUUUAUACAAGUAUUACUCAUCAGAAAUUAUUUCCAAAAAUAGCCACUAUUCUACAUAAAAAAACUUAUGGCAAAAUAAUAAUGUAACACUUUAAAAAAAACCCAUUUUCAGAUCGGAGAUUACAACAUUCUAUUCAUAUUUUCUUAAAUCAUUGAGCAUGGGCCUUCAUAUCAUGUAGAUGUGUGAACGAGUCAACUAUGGUUAAAAUUACCAUAUUUUAGGGUUUAAAACUACGUUUGGCAUGUAUGAGUAAAGUAGACUUUAAUCGUAUGCUUUAAUAAUCAAAUGCAUAAAUACACCCACAUUAACCAAAAAUGACACAAUCGCACAUCUUUUUGAAUGAGUUUUUUUUUUCUAGAAAAAGAAAAAAAAAGGUUGGUGUGCUGAGCUGGCUUGGAACAACACCUUUAAAGGAAAAGAAAGAGGACAUCUUUGUGGGCCAAAGGGUUAACAUUCUAACAGGGGGGAGCACGGUUCCAAACACAUUAAUAGUAGGCUUCUCUACAUUAUUUAAUGGAAAAGAUUUCCUUUUAUUUUUUUCUUAAUUUUAAUCCAUUCUUAAAUUAAAUUUUUAUUUUAUCCCUUAGUUUAAGGCAAGGGAAGUUUGAGCACCAUUUAAGAUUUAAAAUAAAAAUUGACCAUAUUUGCUUCAUAUUUAUUUCUAUAUAUUUUCUCGACAGCAUUCCCACGAUGAUGAAGAACAUUAACAUGUGCUUUGGCUCUUUAAAAACUUGCUAAGGAGAAACCGUUGAAGAUAAAAAACUCAUAAAAAUAUUUACAAGCAGUUUAUGACAUAUAGCACAUGCUAUCUAGAGUACAUUAAUGUGCUCCAGAGAUGCCAUGAAAGAAGCUAGGAGAAUAUUUUCAGCUAUGAACAUUAAUGUGAUCCACUAUUAAGAGACCCCAUCUACAUUAAUAAUUUCAGUUUUUAAAAAUAUUUUCAGCAAAAUUUGCCUUCUGACCCAUACGUGUGCGUGCACUCAAAGCAGCCAUGAUCUCCGUCAAGUUAAGCUGGUUCUAGUCAACAUGUUUGUAGCUUGAAAGAGAUGGCUUGCUAGAAGCAUAAUUAGCUGAAGCUCGUCUCUAGGGUGCUAGAUAUUAUGGAAUUUUUUUUUGCCUAUGGGUUCUUUCUACUUAUGCAUUUAAAGGUAAAUGUCAAAAAAUAUGCUUAAUUCGAUCUAGAUUGUUAUAUACUAUGCUAGUUGGAUAAUGUGCUAUAUAUGUAGAUUAUAUAACUCAUUAAGUCAACGCCUUAAACCAGUGAAGCGUUUUCAAACGUGAGCCAUAACCUUUAAUACAGAGGAAAAAUAGUAAAAAACUUGACCCUACCGAGACCUAGAAGCCCGAGCUGAUGGUACCCAAGAGCCUCCCACCGACCUUAUGGUCAACCUCUCUGCCCUAUCCAAUGGCCCUCCGCCCCACAACGCGGUGGCCAAAAGCUUCGCCGACACCAGUCCUCGUCGUGUUCGUCACAGGACACGUUGAUCGGACACUUCCAGGCAGGUCGUCGUCAUCUUCUCCUCCAAAUCCCAGAACGACAACAGAUUUCGGCCGCGGUCGGAACAGUCCGGUGGAGGCUCCGUCGAGAGUCAUUCGGAGAAGAAGAAGAAGAAUAUCAUCGUCUCUGAUCCCCUCCUUUGGAGGCAGAAAAUCGGAAAAAACUUCAAACGGAGAGACACAGAGAGAUAGAGAGAGAGACAGAGAGAGAGAGAGGGGGGGGGGAAUAAGAUCUGGAGUGUAGGAGACAUUUCCAUAGUGCUCCGCUUUCUCCAUCCCGGAUUCCCGGAGUCGCAGAGGGUUCUGAUGUCUAUAUGUAUAGGUAACGACUGAGAUUGAACAAGUUGUGUCUAUCGUUCGGUUGGCGAUGGCGACAACAGCAAUCUACAGACCUCCUCUUCCUCCUCCUCCAUUUCAGUGGAUUCGUCUUCACGCCGACACCGAGAGCGAAGACUCCGCCGCGUCUUCGGCGGCGCCACCACCGCCGCCGCCUGCCCUUUUGGUCUUGGCUAGCGACGGCCUGGCGGCAGCCGCCGUCGCUGGCAGCCUGACGCCGUAGUAGUCGACGUACCAGUCGACGAACUUGCGCAGACCGGCGGCGAGACUAGUGGCGGGGCGGUAGCCCAGUUCUCUGCGGGCGAGGCUGACGUUGGCGUGGGUAAAGAAGACGUCCCCGUUCGCCGGCAUCCGUACGACCCGCUUCUUGGCCUUCACCCCCAGCAAGCUCUCCAGGAUGGCCACCAGCUUCGUCACCGGAACCGGCGAGGUGUUACCGAGGUUGUACACCCGCAGCUGCGCCGGCCCGCUCUUUGCCCCGCCGCCACCGGCGCCGGUGCUCCUCUCCGCCGUGUCCAGCGCCGCCAGGCAGCCCUCUACGACGUCGCCGAUGAAGGUGAAAUCCCUCGCCACCUCCCCGCCGCCGGCGGCCUCGAAGACGGUGAUGUGCUUGCCGGCGAGAAUGUCCCUGGUGAAGGAGAAGUAGGCCAUGUCGGGGCGCCCCCAUGGCCCGUACACGGUGAAGAAGCGGAGCCCCGUGAGGGAGAGCCCGUAGAUGUGGUUGUAGACGUGGGCGAUCUCCUCGCCGGCCUUCUUGGUGGCGGCGUAGAGCGAGGCGGGGCGGUCGGUGCGGUGGGCCUCCGAGAAGGGGCGACCCUCGUUGAGGCCAUAGACGGAGGAGGAGGACGCCCACACGACGGCCGGCGGCGGGUCUGCGCGCUUGGCGGCGGCCUCGAGCAGCGACACGAAACCAGCGACGUUGGAGUGGACGUACGACUGCGGGCUGCGCAUGGCGUAGCGCACGCCGGCCUGUGCGGCGAGGUGGAGGACGUGGGUGAACGGAAAGGCGCGGAAGAGCGCCGCCAGCAGGGCACCGUCAUUGAGGUCACCCUCCGCCACGAAGACGCCGCGCGCCGACAGGAGCGCCGCGCGGCGCCGCUUCAGCGAGGUGGCGUAGUAGGCGUUGAAGUUGUCAAGCCCCACCACGCCGUCGCCGCGCUCUUUGAGGGCCAGAGAGCAGUGGGUGCCUAUGAACCCCGCCGCACCGGUGACGAGCACCGACAGCCCCCCGCCCCGCGGCGGCUCCGCCGACCGCCGGAUGGCGGCCUCCCAGCCACCGCCGUACAGGGCGGAGAAGAGGAGGCUCCGGCGGGAGGAGAAGGAAGGGGAACGGGAGAGGAUUGGGUGAGGUAGCGUGAAGAAGAGGAGCAGGAGGAAGAGGGCUAGGAGAGUCGCGCGGAAGAGGAGCUUGGAGGCAGCGGGAGCCAGCCUGCCGGAGCCCCCAGGGCGGAGGUAGCUACCGUAGCGCUCCAGUUUGACUGUCUUGGUCUUCUCCGGCGGCGCCAUGGGCAGAGACGAGAAUGAUGGAGAAAGAAGGCGGGUUGUGGGGAGGGAACAGGAACGGGAGGGAGAAGGGGAAGGAUGGGAAGCUUGGGAUCUGCUUCCUUCCCCCCUCCCCGCAGAUUCAUAUAAAGGAGAGGGCAAGAGAGAGAAAGUAGAGUAGUGAGAUACAGUGCAGCUUGUGGGGUUAGAGAGAGAGGGUGUCGAAAUGGGGUAAGCUUGAGGCUCCACUCCCCUUCCUCGCUUCUCGAUCUAGUUCGUGAAUGGAACUUAGAAAUUUUUUUGUAAGACCCUCUAGGAAAUAUCCUGUUGGAGAUAUGCCCGUUUGCCCUCAUGUACGAUCCUUCGAAAAGUGAGACUUACUGCUGAUAUAGUCCCGAGUUUGGGGCCACUUGUCUAAACCCGCGAGAGUGAGGACCCAGAUGAUAAAUUCACAGGGGGAAGGGUAACAUGA